AUGUCCAAAAGCACCAAGAACUCUAGUAAAUCAACAGAAAAGAAAGUGACUGAAGUUGUUGAAGAACAAGCACCAGUCGAAGAUAACCUAUCAGUUCAUUCAUCUGGGUCCGAAUCUGAAGACGAAAUUGAAGGGUUAUCAUCUGCUGAUGAAGCUGAAGAUGGAAGUACUUCUAAAUUAUCUACUCAUCAAAUCAAAAAAUUAAACAAAAAGAAAGAAUCCAAAAAGAAGGAUUCUGAUAAUGACCAAUACUCUAAUAUCAUCUAUGUUAGUAGACUACCUCAAGGUUUUCAUGAAAGAGAACUAAACAAAUACUUCUCCCAAUUUGGUGAUUUAAUAGAAUCUAGGUUAGCAAGGAAUAAGAAAUCCGGUAACUCUAGACAUUAUGGUUUCGUCGAGUUUGUCAACAAGGAAGAUGCUAAAAUUGCUCAAGAGACUAUGAACAACUAUUUAUUGAUGGGCCACUUACUACAGGUACGUCUCCUAGCAAAGGGCUCCAAAAUUGAAAAAUUAUACAGAUACAAAAAGAGAGUUUUUGCUGAGACUCCAGUUAAAAAAUCUUCUAAAGAAUUAAAAGAGAAGGCUAAGGCCAAUCACGAAAAAAGAGUUAAUAAAUUAACUGAAGCAGGUAUUACUUUUAAGUGGUGA